UGCUGUUAGAUAUCACAAUAAAUAAUAAUAAUCCAAUCUUGCAUAGUAUUUCAACAGUCAUCUUCGAUCCAUUCAGUGUAGGGAUUGGUGUUAGAUAUCACAAUAAAUAAUAAAAAUCCAAUCUUUCAUAGUAUUUCAACCGUCAUCUUCGACCCUUGAUCAAUACCAAAUGACCUUCCAGUUCUCUCUCUACACUAAUGGAAAUUUGCAUACGUGCAUUUAUAACAGUACCGAAUAUUGGCCUAUUGGGUCAUAAUUUUCUCUAUAUAAUGUAGUUAUCUUUUUUGGGUACUUGCCCAAAAUUGGUUGCUCAAAUCAGAGAUGGACAGUGAAGGUUAUUGUACCGAUACCAUUAUAGAGCGGCGGAGGAAAGAGAGAGAAAAUUUGACAAAUUUUUCGUGUAUAUCGCCGCGGUUGAUUCUUUCGCGGUGGUUCAGUGGGGAGAACUUGAGGAGUUCAGAGAAGACGGGGAACAGAGGAGAGAAAAAUGAGAAGGGGUGUGCAAGAUUUGACGUGAAGAGCAAAAAUAAGGCUGUCAAGUGUUCAAUGAAAUGCCACUCAUCUGCUUCUUCUUCCCCAGAAGAGCCAGCAGUCCAUGCAAAAGAGGCCUCUUUCAACCUUGGAAUUGGAUUUGGUCUAAUUUAUCUCAUUGCUGCAAGCCGAAAUGAACUUAGCCAAAUGGUGGAGUUGCACAAACAAAUGAAAAUGCUGCUUCAAAAUUUGCAAACAGAAUUCAAAAAUCAAGAGAGCGCAUUGUUAGUUCCAUCUGAGUCCAGAAUUUCUAGCUCUUUCUCCAAAACGGGUGCCCAAGAAGUUUUGUGCACUAAGGAAAAUGCUUCUUAUCAAUAUUCAUCUUCGAAUGACAUCAAAAACUCGGAAGUUGCUCUAGGCUGUAGUCAGUAUCCAUACAAGAAGAUAUACAGACGAGAAAGAAGUUUAACAAUGGAUCAGCUUGAAGCAGAACUCGAAGAUGAAUUUUGUCGUCUGCAACUCCACAUGGAUAAAGAGUCCAUGUUGGAGUACAAAAAGCAGCAACUUAUGGAGAUUAAUCUAGAGGACACCGCACCUGAAGAGACCCUCAGUACAAGCUCUAGAGAAAUUAUCGAGCAGCCUGAGUCUAGAGAAUACUAUGGAGUUCAUCCUGGCGAGCUUGCAUGUAGAUUGCACGAACUUCUAGAAGAAAGGCAGCAAGAAAGGAUAAAAGAGCUUGAAUCAGCUUUAGAAUGUGCAAUGCACAAGCUUCAUGAGAAAGAAAGAGAAGUCUCUUGGUGGAAAGACACUGCGACAUUGCUAAGCCCAUUCCAGUCAAUGGCUUGUCAAAGUAGGCGUAAAAUCCCAAGCCAACUUCUCGAAUUUUGAGAUUUCGGUCAGUACCAUGGAACUGCUUGGAUGGUAUCUUGUUCUAUGCCAUGUUUUUCCUAUCUUUAGUUUAUUACUACUUUUUCAAUGUACAUUUCAUAUGUUGGGAUAAGCCACUGUUCUCGUUGCUCGUUUAAAAAUAACGAUUAUAUGAUAGGCACUUUGCUGUGAUUCCUUCGGAACUUUCAUGUAGUAUUUGAAUGUAUUGAUAUUUACCUGAGGUUUUUCAUUAUAAAAAUGCUUAUAAAUUUAUA